AAAAACAAAACACUUAAAACCCUAAAAAUUCGAAAAUCAAAAAAAAAAAAAAAUCGAGGAAUCAAUCUCGAAACCAUAGCAUUGAUGCAACCCAAAAUCAAUUCCUUCUUCAAGCCCUCUUCUUCUUCUUCUAGUUUGCCUGAGCCAAAAUCUCAAGACCCAACUCCGAUUCCGGAGGAAGAAGACGAUGAAUUGGCGAUUUGGGAGAAGAAACAGCAUGUAUUUGUCAAUACUUACAAGCGUAGAGCUAAAAAGUUUGAUGGGGCUCCAUUUGAGGGUGGAAGAAGUGAGGUAAAUGAAAGUUCAAAUUUUGAUACAUUGAAGCAGCCUGAAUCACUGGAUUUGAGUUUGAAACCGCAGUUGACAGCUUGUGGAAGAACACUAAACAAGAAGAGAAGCUAUGCACAGUUCCAUCUAGAAUUAGGCCAAUCUGAUUUUUUUCUUCACAUAUGUUCCACAUGUGGAAUCCAGUAUGCUGCUGGUGAUGAAGAAGAUGAAAAGGAUCACAAGACAUUUCACAAGAAUUACACACAUGGGGUUCAAUUCAAGGGUUGGCGCAACGAACGGGUAGUUCAUAUGCCUAGUGUUGAAAGGGGGCACAUCGUUUUGGUGCUAGAUUGUGACUCUCCUGCUCAGAGGAAUAAGGUUCAGGAGGUUGUGAAGAUGAUGGAGAUUGAACUAGGUGAAGGAUGGAUCUUUCAUAAGCUCUGCAAGGUGUAUCUGUUUAUUUCCUCUCAGAGGGUUGCCGGUUGUCUAAUUGCCGAACCAAUAAGAGAAGCAUUCAAAGUUCUAUCAUGCUUAGUCGGCGAAAGAACUGAUGACACUAACACAAGAGAAACGAGAUCAAACUCAACCACCCUCAAAUUUGGGAAAAUUUUAUUACAAAGGGAAGUCAUGAAAAGAACCCCUUCUGUUAAUUGUCCUGAUCUACUAAAUGGAAAUCACAAUGGAGCAAUUGUCUGUGAAAAGGAAGCCAUACCUGCUGUUUGUGGCAUCAGAGCCAUAUGGGUCACUCCUUCUAACAGAAGAAAAGGCAUUGCUACUCAAUUGCUGGAUGCUGUCAGGAGAAGUUUUUGCACGGGAUUUAUUCUUGAAAAAUCUAAGUUAGCAUUCUCUCAACCUAGUGUAUCCGGGACGGCGUUGGCGUCAAAUUAUUUCGAUACUGAAACUUUCUUGGUAUACAAGGCUGAAGAAUCAGGAUGUUAGAUACUACAACCUCACUUUUUUAACAGAUGUAUUAUCCAGUGUCAUUUUUUUUUUUUUUUUGUGGGUGCUGAUUCUGUCUGGUUUAUAAAAUUGAUAAACAAUGGUCUGUAUUUCAUUUACUGUCGCAUUAGCCUGCUGUAUGAGAUUGAGUAAAAGAUUUUGAAUUCACUGGCUGAAAUAGACAAUUUUGUU